AUGGUGGAGAACCUGGACCUAGACAUAAGUAACUGUACAAUAAUGAACUGCUGCGGUCUGCUAACUCUGAAGAAGGAACCAGUUCCUCUGAAGAGCAUUGAGGUGGAGCUGGAGGUGAGGGACCAUGUGGCUACAGUGGUCUCCACUCUGAACUAUGAGAACAAGGAGGACAAACCAUUAGAGGCUGUUUUUGUCUUCCCUCUGCCUGGAGAUGCUGCUGUCUGUCAUUUCAGUGCUAAGAUUGGACAGACACAGAUUGUAGCUGAGGUGAAGGAGAAACAGGAGGCUCGUGAGGAGUAUGAUGAUGCUCUGAGCUCUGGUCAGCAGGCCUUCCUAUUGGAGGAGAGUGAGCAGAGUCCAGAUAUAUUCUCUCUGAGUGUGGGCAGUCUGCCUCCAGGAGAGAGCGCCUCCAUCAGGUUGGAGUAUGUCACUGAGCUGGCUGUGCAGGCUGAUGAUGGGCUGAGGUUCUGUCUGCCUGCUGUGCUCAACCCUCGAUACCAACCUCAGGGUAGUGAAGCUGCAGGUGUCCAGGUGACUUCUGUUCCAGCCUCUCUGGUGCCCUACAGCCUGUCUUUCUCUGCCCGAGUGUCCUCUCCUCGUCCAGUCUCUAAAGUAGAGUCCAACUGUUCCCUGGACCCUCUCCAGUACCUGAGCACUGAUCAAACCCAGGCCACGGUCAAGUUGGCUGCAGGACACAAGUUUGACAGAGAUGUUGAACUGCUGAUUUAUUACAAAGAUGCCCACCAGCCCACUGCUGUGGUGGAGGCAGGACAGGCCUCUGCUGAGGCAGGCACUCUGAUGGGUGAACCAGUGGUGAUGGUGAGUCUGUACCCUGAGUUCCCCCAGUCUGUGAUGUCUUCAUUGGCUUCAUGUGGAGAGUUUGUGUUCUUAAUGGAUCGAUCUGCAAGUAUGAGAUGUGCUACCAAUUACAGCAAGCAGCAGGAAACUCACAUCCGCAGUGCCAGGGAUACUCUGCUGCUCCUGUUGAAGAGUUUACCAAUGGGCUGCUAUUUCAAUAUUUACAGUUUUGGGUCCACAUAUGAACACAUCUUCCCAUGAAGUGUGGAGUAUAGUGAGAAGACCAUGGAGGAGGCUCUGAAGAAAGUUGAGCAGAUGGAGGCUAAUCUGGGAGGAACGGAGAUCCUGCAGCCCCUCAAACAUAUUUACAGCCAGCCCUGCAUUCCCGAUCAGCCUAGACAGCUGUUUGUCUUUACUGAUGGAGAGGUGUGGAACACCAAAGAAGUGAUAGAUCUGGUGAAGGAGAAUUCAGGUUCUCACAGGUGUUUCUCUUUUGGGAUUGGGGAAGGGGCCAGCUCUGCUCUCAUCAAUGGGAUGGCCAAGGAAGGAGGAGGUCACGCUCAGUUCAUCACAGGGACUGACAGGAUGCAACCAAAAGUGAUGCAGUCGCUGCGAUUUGCUCUGCAGCCAGCAGUGCAGGGUGUUUCAGUCACAUGGGAUUUACCAAAGGAAGUGUCUGUCACUGUCCUCUCUCCACCAAUCACAGCAGUUUUCCAGGGUCGGAGGUCACUGAUUUAUGCUCAGCUCACUGGACAGAGCUCAGAGGCAGCAGAGGGCUGUGUGACAGUGAAGUACAGCCUGGCAGGUCAUCCCUCUGAGAACCAGCUGCACUUCAGUCUCAGACCUGCAGCAGACACUGGAUUAACAGUCCACAGGUUAGCUGCUCGCACUCUUAUUCGCUCGCUAGAGAUGGAAGAGGGAGACAGCAGGCGAAAGAAUGAUGGAGGAGUGAAGGAGAAGGUGGUGCAGCUGAGUGUCCAAUCAGGAGUGAGCAGUUCUUUCACCGCCUUCAUUGCUGUCAAUAAAGACAAAAACGAGGCGAUCCAAGGACCUCUUCUGCACCGAGAUAUUCCAGUACCCAGUGAGUGUAAAGCAACAAGGAGGAACCUUGUCCUGUUCAACCAUAUUGUGCUUGUGGCAUCAAUGUAA